UUCAGGAAGAAGCCGCUGGAGUCCGUCGCGGCUGUCUCAAUGCGUUUUAACAUAACAGCCCUGCUACGUGUGAGCUCCGAACAUCCGCCUCCGAGCCUCAGCGGGGGUUCUAUGUAGUCGACGGCGGCGGCCGGCCGUCUAUCCCCGGGUUGAGAGCAGAGAACAUGGACUGGACAGUGAGCAGUCGGGCCCUGGUGUGGUGCAUUUUAGCGGUGCUCUGCUACGCUGGACUCCCACAUAAGGGGUUUUGCAGUGCCAGCACCGUUUCUCUUCCUGAAAGCCUGCUCUUUGUGUCCACUUUGGAUGGAAACCUGCAUGCCGUUAGCAAGAAAUCAGGUUCAAUCAAAUGGACUUUGAAGGAAGAUCCAGUUCUUCAGGUCCCGACACAUGUAGCUGAGCCAGCUUUCCUCCCUGACCCCAACGACGGCAGCCUGUACUCUCUUGGAGGGAAGAACAAUGAAGGCCUCACAAAAUUACCGUUCACUAUUCCUGAGUUGGUGCAGGCCUCGCCCUGUCGCAGUUCUGACGGCGUUCUUUACAUGGGUAAGAAGCAGGACUUGUGGUACGUUGUUGACCUGCUGACCGGGGAGAAGCAGCAGACUCUGACCUCCUCCUUCGCUGAGAUGCUUUGUCCCUCGUCCUCUCUUCUCUAUCUGGGGCGCACAGAGUACACCAUCACCAUGUACGACACCAAGAGCAGAGAGCUGCGCUGGAAUGCCACCUACUCGGACUACGCCUCCACCCUUCCGGACGACGACACCAAAUACAAAAUGGCUCACUUUGUGUCCAACGGCGACGGCCUGGUGGUGACAGUGGACAGUGAGUCGGGAGACGUUCAGUGGGUCCAGAACUACAACUCCCCGGUGGUGGCCAUGUACAUCUGGCAGCGCGAGGGCCUCCGCAAGGUUCCCCACACCAACGUGGCGGUGGAGACCCUGCGGUACCUCACGUUCAUGUCGGGAGAGGUCGGCCGCAUCACUCAGUGGAAAUACCCGUUCCCCAAGGAGAAGAAGCCCAAGAAUAAAUUCUUGGCCACCCUGUAUGUAGGUAAAUACUCCACCAGCCUGUAUGCGUCUCCCUCCCUGGUGCAUGAUGGAGUGACUGUCGUGCCUCGUGGCAGCACCUUCCCACUGUUGGAGGGACCCGAUAGCCAAGAGGCAGACGAAGACAAGGAGUGUGUCAUCACGCCCAGCACCAGCGUCAAGUUCAACGCGGCGCUGCGCGAGCGAAACAGGAUCAACUUCAUGAGGAACUACCUGCUCCUCAUCGGUCAUCACGAGAUGCCUCUCGAAGCUCACACGAAGAUCCUGGAGAAGUUUCCCGACAGCUUCCCUCGCAAUCAAGGCAACGUCAUCCCACCCACCGAGAAGAAGGUAGAAGAGAAGGUGAACGACAGCGGCAUGGACGACGGCCCGCCUCCUUCGCCCCUGCCUGACACGUCUAUCCAGGAACCAGGGACCAGCGGUCGCCCCGUGCGCCCAGAGGCUCCGGUGGACACGAUGCUGAAAGACAUGGCCACCAUCAUAUUCUCCACUUUCCUCCUGGCUGGAUGGGUGGCCUUCGUGAUCACCUACCCGAAGAGCGUGCACAAGCAGCAGCAGCUGCAGCACCAGGAGUUCCAGCGACAGAUGGAGGAGAGGCUGGAGCUGCUCCAGCGGCAGCAGCCCUUCCCCCCCGCCGAGGUGGCCCUGGGCCUGGCUCCAGACAGCGACUACCUGGAGGUGGCCCGCAUUCGCUCUGAGUGCUCGGACCACAGCAGCCCCAACGUCACGCCCCGCGCCUCCAACCACUCCAAUUUAUCGGUCUCGGAGUUGGGGAGCUCAGCCAAUGAGCAUGAAGACGGAGAGGAGGACUCCUGUAUUGUCAAAGUAGGGAACAUAACUUUCCACCCAAAGGAAGUGUUGGGUCACGGCGCAGAGGGAACAAUUGUUUACAAGGGACAGUUUGACAACCGUCAAGUUGCCGUGAAGAGGAUUCUCCCCGAGUGUUUCAGCUUCGCAGACCGUGAGGUCCAGCUGCUGAGGGAGUCCGACGAGCACCCAAACGUCAUUCGCUACUUCUGCACAGAGAGGGACCGGCAGUUCCAGUACAUCGCCAUCGAGCUGUGUGCGGCUUCGCUGCAGGAGUACGUGGAGAGAAAAGACUUCGAUCGUCAUGGACUAGAACCUGUCGCGCUUCUUCAGCAGACAAUGUCAGGACUGGCCCAUCUGCAUUCUCUCAAUAUUGUCCACAGAGAUCUGAAACCCCACAAUAUCCUGGUGUCUAUGCCCAACGCGCACGGCCGAGUCAGAGCGAUGAUUUCAGACUUCGGCUUGUGUAAGAAGCUUGCGGCGGGUCGCCACAGUUUCAGCAGAAGGUCUGGCGUGCCGGGCACCGAGGGCUGGAUCGCCCCAGAGGUUCUCAGUGAGGACUGCAAAGACAACCCGACCUACGCAGUCGACAUCUUUUCUGCUGGAUGUGUGUUUUACUACGUGGUGUCCCAGGGCAGCCAUCCUUUUGGCAAGUCUCUGCAGCGACAGGCAAACAUCCUGCUGGGAACAUACAGCCUCGAUCACCUGCAGAGUGACGUACAUGGGGACAUUGUAGCCAGAGAUCUGAUCGAGCAGAUGAUGAGCAUGGAUCCCUACAGGAGGCCUUCAGCUGAAAGUAUUCUCAAACAUCCUUUCUUCUGGAGUCUGGAGAAAGAGUUGCAGUUCUUUCAGGAUGUGAGUGACAGAAUAGAAAAGGAACCGCUGGACGGACCAAUAGUGAGACAGCUGGAGCGAGGAGGGAGGGCUGUGGUCAAGGGAGACUGGAGGGAGCAGAUCACAGUUCCACUGCAAACAGAUCUGAGAAAAUUCCGUUCUUAUAAAGGCGGCUCAGUCAGAGACCUGCUGCGUGCAAUGAGAAACAAGAAGCACCAUUAUCGAGAGCUGCCUGCGGACGUGCAGGAGACCCUGGGAUCCAUCCCCGACGACUUUGUGUCCUACUUCACGUCUCGCUUCCCCCACCUGCUCAUGCACACCUACCUGGCCAUGCGGACCUGUGCGCAGGAGAGGCCGUUCCUGCCUUACUACUCCACUGCCGAGCAGCUCGCGAAAACGGACAGCCAGCUCACGCCUUGCGGGCCACAGAGACAGGACGAGCCGUGCACUCAGCAGCCGCCGGCACAGGCGCCGCUCCCUCCCUCACAGUCCCAUGAACCGUCACUUUCCCCGCCGCCGGUGCAGGCGUGUCACACAACAGCUGCCGAGCCGGCGCCCGAACUAGUGGACGAGCGAGUAUCUUCUCAGUUACCGGUUCAGACAGUGCAGCCAGCAGAGGCCCCGCCCUCCACACAGACUGACGUGCACAGCCAAGCGGCGAGCCCCGCGUCCGCCCCCGAACCGCCUCCCGGUCCCCUCAGCCAAAGCGAGUCCAGUCCUCCCGAGAUCCCCUCAGAUCCCCCGACCCUGGACGAGUCCGGAUGACCCGGCGCAGACGGGAGCGUCGCCUUAAAGAGUGGAAGCGAAGCGGGCCAGCCCCGCCGCGGACUGGCGAGGACCGGGCCUGCAGCGCCCGGAGCCCACCGCCAGACGCAGCGGCUGCAGCCCUGAAUGAAGUGCCUUCUGCUGACACGCAGGAACGCCACCCCAACACGCCUGCGUCUGCCACGCCACGAGAGAGCAGGCGGGAGGUUUUCCUGCAGCUGGACUGAGAAGAGAUCCUUUUUAAUCUUUUGAUAACGGCAUGUCCAAACAGUUUUCGUCCCAAAAAUAUCUCCAUUGUGGUGAAACGUGUCCAGAUGUUGAACACUGGUGUACUUUUUAUUGUGCAAUGUAUUUUUUUUUUUUUUUUUCCCCAGUGAGAUUUUUUUCACUGCAGAGAUGCUGUAUAUGUAAAUAUAUUUUUAUAGACUGAUUCAGAAUUUGAAUUACUGUUGAAAAAAAAUCAUUUAAUAUGGCCAGUGUGCCUUUUUCUAAUAUCACUGUGCUGCAUAGGUACAGAUCUAUAAAAUGGACUAUGCUAAAUGUGCUUGAUUCCAGUUAAUGCUGCUAGAUUUGUUUUUUUUUUUUUUUUUUGUUCCUUCCCAUCACGUCUAGACUAUUGCUCUGAACCGUUCCAAAAGGUGUUCAAGGUGAUGCUUGAGCACAGAAGGUAAUUUAAUCUUUUAAUGUAAGAAGUCGAGAGUUAAGUUUGGCUGUAAAGUACUCAUGUGAUAACUUUUUAAAGGGUGUUAAAGUGAAGUUAAUGACCUGCACAUUAAAUUCUAUUUUUUUUUU